AGUGUUUGCAAACAUCUGCCAAAUCUGGAUAUUCUUUUUCAAAAGAAUCCAUGCUGGAGACUAAUACAGGAGUAUUUUGAAACAAUCACCAAUUCAGAUCGAAGUUGUUGGUUAGAUUUAUAAAUAACGCACGCGGCACUGAAUAAACUUAAUAAUUAUACACGAUGAUUAUGUAUACACGUAUAUAUACACGUAUAUAGCAACAAUAAUAACAGCAGUGCGAUAAAGAUUUGCAGAAAUGCAACUCACGAUACAAUCGUAUGUUUUUGCACGAUACUUCAGAGUCUUUAAAACUCUUGCAAAAGUGUGUGUCGUGCUUUGUCUUUAAAGCGGGAGAAUCACACGUGUGGCGCGGGACGGUUACUCGACCAUCGAGUAUCUAGCACACGAUGACGUUUAGUUAGCAGCGCCACGGCAGUUUGAGUGUCGUAUUCACGACGCUGUGUGCGGCUCACUCGUUCGCCGUUUCAGUGGAGACUCUAGAGUUGGCGAUUCGCUCAGUGUCGGCCCGAGCGUGUCUCCGAGCGCGUCUCUCUUUAUCUCUCUGCAGCAGCAGCCACCUUCCUUUUUUUUCGCCCGCGUCUCUCCGACCGAUGCUGCUUGUCACUUAGUUCGGAGCCACCUCGAGUUUUUCGACCUUGUUUUUUUAUUUUAUUGCUGCUUUUUGUUAUUGUUGUUACCUUUUUGUUUACAUUGUUGUUGUGAUUGUUUGAUGUUGUUGUUGUUUCGUCGAGAUCGGGAAAGUGCGCGUUGCAGUGUGUCGGGCCUCCGCAGAGUCUCGAAUCCUUCGCAGUAUACAUAGCGAUUCUCUGUGCUCCGAAUUUGACGUAUGCAAAUUGCUCCGACAUCAGUGGCUUUCGCGCUCGAUCGUGAAGCUCUCCGACGACUUUGCGUCGUCCUUGCUGGACGCUGCUGGAUAUAACGAUGAUCCGGACCAGUUGAUUUACUCGAGCAGCAGCAACAGCAUCAACGGACGACGGGACUCGUGUCUAUAGAAAAGGCUGCUCUGGAAGGAGUCAGGAAGGAGUCUGGUCUCUUCCGAGGGAACGGGAACUUUGUUGCGAGCAGCAGCAGCAGCAGCAACAGAACUGCCAUUGUCGCCGACAGGAUGCCUGAGACGGCCGUUCUGGGCCAGCGAGGAUCGGUCACGCGAGACUUGCAGUCGAGGCCGCUAUCGAGCUUGCACCGAAGACGAUGAUCGCUCGUCGUCGACGUCGUCGGCGGGACACUCCUUGCCGCGCGUGCUGACCGUUCGAAAUAGAGACUCACACGAGUAAUAACUCCAGCUCAUCCAGUCCUCGUUCGUCCGCCAACAAAGUCACGGCCCAUCGGCGUAAGGAGACUUCGUAUCGGAGAGACACAGAGCAGUCUGCAGACCGAGCAGCAGCAGCAGCGCAUCCAGUACACGGAGUCAGUCACUCCGGCGAGAAGAAAGAGAGCGCCGUUAGAGCGACUCCGGAGGAGGAGGAGGAGGAGGAGGGGAGCCGACGCGCAGCGUGGAGCCCCAUGUUCAGGACCGUACGAUGGCCGGGGCGCUGUCAGAGAGUGCCCCCAAGCCUGUGAGCGUCGUCCGGGUCGAGGCCGAGCCGCCGCUCACGCCGCCAGCCCCUUCGGCGGUAGCGGCCUUGCUAGCUCCGGCGCUCGACCAGCAGCAAACAACGACAGCGGAACCAAUCUCGACCGAUGAGGUCGACGCUCGACCGGCAGCGGCGCCGCCGCUGGUGCGCUCCUUCGUGUCGACCGAGGCCCAGACCGAGCUCCAGACGCCGCCGCUGCUGCUGCCACCCCCGGGAGCCGACCUGCUCUCGGAGGAGCUGCGCGACGCUCGGCGUCGGGAGCGCCGCAUGCGCCGCCACCACAGGAGGGCCAUGCAGCGAGCCAACGCCAACGCGGCCGCGGCCGCCGCCGUCGCCGCCGCCAACAACGCCUGCGGGGUCCUGCCCCCGCCGCCGAGCUACCCGGGCCUCGUGCCGGCCGGCUGUGCGCCCGUGCCUCCACCGGUCGCGCCUGCCGGAGGGAGCGCCGUGCCCCUGGUGGGCCCGACCGGACACUUCCUGCAUCCGCCACCGCCGCACCUUGGACUUCGAGGGCUCAGCCUCGGCUUGCCCUUCCCAGUGCCCGCCAGCGUUUCCGCCUUUGGCAGGGACGCCGUGCCGAAGCAGUGCUGCGGUCUGGGAUCUCCGCCGGUGCGCUGGUCUAUCCUCGGGGUCGGCGUCGUCGGCCUCGUCUGCGCCGGUGCGGGUGCGCUCCUCGGAGCUCUGCGCGCCACUGGCCGCGACCACAUAGCCGUCGCUCUUCUCAUGAUAGGAAUAGGAGUGGUGCUGGUGACGGUGAGCGCAGUCGCUUGGCGAGUCACGAGCCGGGAGAACUGCGGCGGCUUCUUCGGUCUGACGGGCAUCUCCGGCAGGAUACCUCCUGCUCGGCCGAUGCAUCCCUACGCGGCCAUGAUCUACCCGGAGUUUCAGUUUCGCACUCCACCACCGAGCUAUCAGGCUAGCAUGCAGGAGUAUCGGCUGAGGCUACUGCUGCUGGACCGACUGCAGCCGACGUCGUCGCCGCCACCAACCUACCGAUCGAACUCGGGCAGCUACGUCCAGGGCGGGGGCGGCGUCCAGUCGCCGACGAGCAAUCACCAUCACCACCAGCACGCCUCGGUGCUGCCCGUGGUCUCGCAGAGCCCGGGCUCGCGGGCCGACCUGAGCAGGCCGCCGAGCUACUGCGGCCACCACAGGCUUUCGUCCAACAGCUCCCAGGGCCACCACCACCACCACCACCACCAUCACCAGCACACGAGCCUCGUGCCCUCGAAGAAGGACGCCAACCUGGUGCGCAUCGUCCAGACCGAGAGCGAGCCCGUCAUACUGAGCGGCGACCAGACGCCGCCCUGCGCCGCCGUCGAGGUUCUCGCUCAUCUUUAGUCGCGCGAGCGUCUCCGUUCUUUCUUUCCUCGUGUCUACUUCGUCGUCUCGACUUCUCGAUUACCCGCCGCCGCACGAAGCUUUGGCAUAUUCUGCGCGGUACUACGCGCGCUCCGCUGGACUUUGGCGAGCUAAACUCGCUGCUGACUUCAACUGAUCCGCCGACGAUUGCUGCGGUGAUUUGAACGGGUGUCUUCGACGUGUACCUCGAACCAUUUGAAUUUUUUCAGGGAUAAACUAUAGUAGUGCGGCAUGAAGUCACGAGUGUGGUAACCAAAUUGUACAUAUUUAGAUUUAGCUUUGUAAAAAUCAUGAACGAUACGGCUCUUAAUCCACUGCAGCCACUUCACAAGCGUCGAGUGUAUUUUUGCCUUUAGUUUCUGUUUUGUAAAUAUAUUUAUAAUGAUAAUAUACCUUUAAUUGAAUUUUUAUGAUGUACCAACAAUUUUCCAUUUAUUGUAUUGUUUUUCGAUCGAUGAAUUAAAAAAUGUCGACCUUAAUGUAUUGACGGUUUACCGUGAUUUUGUUUUUUCAAAAAAAAAUUCGUUUCACUUUUUAUGUUUUUGUAACUCGAUAUGUAGUUGUGCCAUAAACAUUUGGUCAUAAAUUUCGUUAAAUUAUCUAAUGAUCUUUUUGAGAUUCAACUUUGUUUUUGAAUCAGGAUUUGAGUAAAAUUCCAAAUACAUACGCUUUUAAUAAAUUUAACUCCAAACGAUCGUUAUCCUUUCCCCAACGGACGUUCAAAAAUUUACAGUAUCAAAUGCUGCUAGCUAAUUUCAUUCUCAACUAUAAGCGUCGAUGUACCUUGUAAAAAUAUUACAAUUAUAUGCAACGUCGUGUUACACAAUUUUUUCACAAAAUAAAAACAGAUAUCGAUGUACAAGCUACUGCCGUAAAAAUCAUUUACUAAUGUAUAAUCCAAAACUUCGUUUGCAGUGUGCACUAAAUGUGUUUUACUUGCAGCUCAUCUGCCAUCCUUGUUAGAAGAGGCGCUUAAAACACACUUGAUUUCAUUAGUAAUUGUAACUGAGCGAAAUAACUUUAAUCUACAGAAAAACAAACAUACAGAUUAUACAAUAGUAAAUCAUUCGCUUAACUGCUGUGACAAAUUGUUCAAAAAAUGUAUAUGCAAUGUAUAUCUUUGUAUAAGAGAAAUUAUAUUUGUUCGACGAAAAAGCAUUGUUAUUACUUAUAUGAGGUAAAUGAAUUAACAUAGAUAAUCUGUUAUUCUUGAACUAACAAUAGACUGAUAGAUUUAUGUUUAUAAUUCGUCAUAUUUUGCAGAUAUCCGAACGAUAAAAGAAGUCUUCAGUACAAUAAUUAAAUGAAAUUUUUUGAGAUUAAUAUGAUUAUUCACUCAACUCUUUAUUCUUUAAACGAAAGCGAUUUAGCAUCAAAAAAUUAAUAAAUAGUUACAAAAAAAACUAAAACUAUAGAUAGCUCGCUUGAACGAAACUUAAAGGUUAAUGCUAAAUUAUUGUGACAAUUAAUAAUAAUCAUGCUACUUAUCCACUUUAUUUUAAUGAACCUUGAAAAAAUUUCUAUGCAUAAACAAAUACAAAUGUUUAUUAUGCACUCCAUAUUGACCAGAUAUUUUUAUGAUAUUUUCAUGUUGGUAAGCUGUUUGCUUUAUGUGUUGUACAAUAUGUAAAGCUACGCAGAAAUAAGAUACAUAAUAGAGAUAUUAUGCGCCAUAUGUUUUUAUUAAUCUUACAUGAAAAAGUGCUAUCUUAGUUUAUUCCAAAGACAUCUGUGAAUUUGUGAAUAUUAUUUUCUUUCAAGUUGAAAGAAUUGUAUCUUUUUUGUAAAUGUACAAAAUAAACUGUAUAUAAUGUUAUGACUAUGUGUUAGAAAAUGUCUUUAAAUAUUUUGAAAAAAAUCUUAUACCUGUAUGCAAUAUUUAAUUAAAUUCAUUUCAUUAAUUAAUUA